UAAAUCUGUCGUUUAUUAAAACCGAUAAAUUUAUUUAUGCGUUUGGAGUUUUAUAAAUUUUUUUGUUUAUCUUUCUGUCAUUGACAGACUAAAAUAAUGGAUAGUUAAUUAAUUGUGAUUAUCUGUUAAUAUAUUUAUAUAUAUUUAUGGUGAUUUCAAUUUGCGGCAUACCGAGAUUACAUGUUAGAGUAAAAAUAUUUAUUUAUUAAUUUAUGAUAAAAUUAUUUUAAAAAAACUAAAACAAAAUUAGUUUGAACUAAAGAGACAAAAAAAUUGUAAAUUAAAAAAAAAUAAAUUCAAAAUUAAUAACCAACAAGAACAAGAAAAGUUUGACAAUCGCCAGAAGAACGACAAAUAAAAAUGGGUAUACAAGAUUUUCAAACUUUCUUAGACAGUAAUUGCGUAGCAGGAGGUGCAGUUACCGUGGAUUUAUUAAAAAUUGCACGGCAAGUUAUUCAGAGACAGCGAAAUCGCCUUAAUAAAGCUCAAUCAUUGCAAUCACCAUUAUUGCGUCUUGUUCUGGAUGCCGAGUGUUGUCUAGAUCGUCUUUACGGUGGAUAUUUUUCAGACUGGGCGUGCGGUGGACAAUGGAAUCGUAUGCUCCAGUUUCUCGCUAUUUUAAUUCAAGCGACUGAGCUGUCAGGAGUUGACUUGGUGGUAUUUUUCAAUGGUUGCAAUGAAGCUCCACGUCGCUCUGAGUGGAUUCAGCAGCAGCUUCAGAUGCGUAAUAAAGUUAAUAAUGUUUUAAAACACAUUGCCACUAAAGGAACCCCACCACCUAAAAUUUGGUGGACACCUCCUGUUUGUUUACGCACUAGUUUACGUAUGGCAUUACGUCAUUUGAAAGUAUCUGUGAUGUGUAGUAUGGAUGAUCAUCAUCAAGAAGUUAUUGCAUAUUGUCGUGAAAAUAAUUUUAAUGGGCUCGUUGCCGAUGACGGAGAGUAUGCAGCUUUUGAUCCGCCUCGUUAUUUUUCUUCAGAACAAUUAAAACUAACGUACAAAGGGUCUUUGGACACUAAAGAAUAUUUAAUGUCAGAAGUUAAUAAAUCACUUGGAGUAUCAGCAGAACGAUCUUGUAUACUAGCUGCAUUACUCGGAAAUUAUAUUUUGACAGAACAAGAACUAACUGAUUUUUAUAAAAGAUUGAAUAUAAAUAUAACUGGGCCAAAUAAAACAAAUAUUGAUCAAUCAAUUAAAAUAAUAGCGGCAUUUGUUAAAGAUCUUCCGUCAAUUUGCAAAGACGUUGUGGCUCAAAAAGUAUUUGGCUCACUGACUGAUCCUAGAUGUUCAAAACUUUAUCAGUCCGUCCAAUAUUAUAUUAACGGAACCAAGGAAGGUUUUUUGCAUUACAAAACAUCUAAGCCAAAUAAAGCUUGCAAACCAGAAGCUAAAAAACCGGUUGUAAAUAAACAAAGUUCGGCAGAAACAGCGGUGAUUGAUGGAAAUUGCACCAUGGGAACAUCACGAUUUGCUUCAGAAACUGCUGAAAGUGAACGUGAAAGUUUGGACGCGUACAAUCAAGCAACGGCAAAUGCUAAAGCAGCGCCGCAAAUUGUCAUUGAACCACCAGGGCUUCAGUCUCAGGUAGACGGUGACAACGCUAAAACUGAAGAUGACCAGCAUGCUGCAGAGCCAACUGUAAAUGGUACACACAACAAUUUACUGAGUUCAUCAAGCUCCGGUAGCAGCUCAUCAGCCACCUCACCAUCCCACGUCACUACUGAGCAACCCAAGACAUCUGAAAAACCCAUCAGUAUUCCAACUACUGUUCCCGAAGUUAUGAGAACUGCUUCUGAACGUCAUCAGAAAGGUUUAAUGUCACCUCAUAUCUAUCAAAUACUCGCUACUGGUGAAAUUAAACUUCCCGUAUUACUGGAAGAUGAAAAUAACUGUGAAUUCCCGUCUAUUCACGUCAUUUAUCGACCGGUAAGACAAAUGGUCUAUGCUAUUUUAUUUAAUCUCCACCAUCAAAUAUUUAUGGCGACUAAAAAUAAAGAAAAAGGAGACCAUGAAAAAAUUGAAGUGCCUGAUAUUGUAAUUAAAGAAUGGAUAUGGUCAAAAACAAAUCCAUAUCAAUCGCCAGAACUUAUUAAAGCUGAACAAAUAGGAUGGGGUGUACCAACAAUCCAGCGUCUGUGGUUCGGAACUGGAAUUGAAGACAAACGCCGCAGACUUCGCGGAUUCCUCACGUGCAUGAAGUCAGAUACAUCCCUCAUGUUGAAUAUUUCUUAUGUACCCCAACACUUGCUGGUCAUGUCUUGUGUACUAAGAUACAUCAUGAGUUUUUCGGACAAAAUAAAAAUAUUGCGGCGUCAAGAACUCGAUGCUUUUAUUGUUCAAGCAUUUUCUCCGGAUUUAAUGAACCCUCAGUACCUCCAAGACCUUCAGCUUCCGCUUGUAACAUUCCGUGGGGUUCAACUGGCCACCUUGUUCAUGGCCGGUGUAGAGACAGCCCUUUUAGCUAAUGAUGCUUGUGGUGCUCCGAUUCCUUGGCUCAUGUGCUGUCCCUGGUUGUUCUUUGAUGGAAAGCUGUUCCAUCACACACUAGCACGUGCUGCGGUGGCUAAAAAUCUUCUUGAGCUCUGUGGGGGUCACAUUGAUCGCGUUGUAAAAGUUGAAAGAAUGCGUAAAGCAAUCACUGAAGGUUUUAAUCCUGUAUACGCUCGACCACCACAGCCACCAAUAACACCAAAUAUAAUUCCUGGCUUCCGACCGCUGCCACUGACAUCAAAUGGUCUGCCAGUUAGUUGUGCAUUGAAUGACAAUCAAAGUCGUGCUCGUAUCAAUCGUCCAGGAAAUAUUUUGCCACGUGAAUUAAUUCGCAGAUCUGUACCAUCGCGCGGUGGACAGUUGGAAAUUGCUGGAGUCGUUGUUGGUCAAUGGGGCGCUAAUUACGGUCAGCCAGGAAGGAUCCAAGGUCAUCAGCCAUUACAAGGACAUCUUCGUGGAAGAUUUCCUCCACAGCUCCAGAUUGUGGAUGCAUUGGUGCCAUUGCCGCGUUUGAAUGCUCGUAUGUUUCAAUCACGAGGAGGCAAUAAUUCAAUUGCAACUCGUGGAAAGAAAACUCAAAUGAAAGCAACGAGCAAGAAGAAGUCUGCGGUUAAGAAAAAUCAAGAAAACGAUACGAAGAAAGAUUCGAAAAAUCGAGACAAUACAGAUGACGAAGUUAAUGCUGAUGCCUUUUCUAAAUUAUCGGUAAAAGAUGUAAAUGCCAAAGAAAAAACAGCAGGAUCUAAUCAACAAACUGACAGUGUUGUCAACGGUGGUAGCAAACCCCAGGAGAAGGGUCAAGGUGAUGCAUCUCUCAAUGCAUCGCAAACGGUAAAAGAAAAUUAAAUUCACCCGAAAUAAAAUUUUUAUUUCGGGUUCUGGGACGGAGGAAGAAUAUUUUAUGCUCUCGGAUGUGACGAAAGACCGCAGCUAAUAUCUUUAUAUGACUAUCGAGCGGUCGUGCACAAAAAUAUACUUUAUUAUUUUGCAUUCAUUUAUUAAUUCAUUAUUUAAAAAAAAAAUUCUAAAUAUUAUAUUUAAAAAAAGAUUUAAUCAGCUUUGUUGCGAAUUAUUUAAACUAUUAAUUAAUAGUUACUUUUUUUUUGUUCUGCUAAAGUUGUAUUUUUUCAUGUUUGUACAAAUUUAUUAUAAUUAUUUAUAAUAAAAAUCAAAUUUACAGUUGACAAAAAAAUUUAUCAAUUAGAUUUUUUUUCUUUAUUAUCGCGUUCGUGUUUUAAAUAUACACAUAUUAUUUUUAUUAUCAACAUUUUUUUUUGUUAAUCAAGUGCACUAUAGCUCGAUGUGCAUAUAAAGCUCUAGUGGGGCCAAUAAUUUAAAAAAAAAAAAAAUCUGCAUUAGCCAGUAAUGAGUCUGAUUCUCAGACAUGAAAAGGAUUAAAUGACUAAACUAAAUGUAAAAUUGAUCGAUUAAUCGAUCAUUACUGUAUCUCACUGCCAAAAAUAUCGCCGUACAUACAUUAGUUUAAAAAAAAGUAAUAAACGAACAACAUUAUAGAGCACGACAAAAAAUAAAUGAAUAAUUUAGCAAAAAGAUCAUACUCGCCAUGAUAAGCGCGUAAGUUUGACUGAUUGGCGUGGACACGCUGAUUAAAUAAAUAAAAACAAACAAUAUAAUUAAUAAAUAUUUAAAAAAUACAAACGUGGUCAGCUGUUAUAGGUAUUUAAUUAUUAAGGAAUGUGAUUAUUUUUUUUACCAUGAUAUAAAAUAUAUAUUUUCCGGUAUUAUAUGAAAUGCUCGCUUUCAAGAAUGCACGGUCUUGUUAUCAGGUGCCUCAUGUAGUUUUAUUGCAUGUGAUGAUAAUUAUUGUAAGUUUAUAAACAUACGUAUCUCCUGGGAUAUAAAUAUAAAUGUGAGGAAAUUAAUGAGGCAUAAGAUACCUCGACGGUAUUAUUAGCGUAAAGAGACUGAUGCUUUUCAUAUAGGUAAAAUAUAUAUUUAUACAUAAAUAUAUACGAGUCCCUACAUUUAUUAUUACAAGUAUGUGUGAUAGCGAGUGUCCGCAAGUACACCUAGUGGGUGACCGUUUAUUCAGGUAGGAUCUCUCGUACUAUAUGAUAAAUAAAUUGGUAUAUAUGUUGAUAACGAGUGAUUGAAUUGUCGUGCCUGAUUACCCUAGUGUCGGAGUUAAGGAUUUAAAUAAAAGUAAUUGAGUAAAUAAAUAAAUAACAAUAAUUGUUGAUGUUAUUUAUAUAAAAUAGUGUAUUAUGUACGUAUGUGAGAAUGGAUUUAUGAUGAAUGUGAUAGUGAUAGUGAUGUGAUUUGUGUAAAUAUAAAUAUUGUAUGCAGAUCAAUGGGUAUAAAUAUUAUUUAUUCUCGUAAGGAUCUGGUUGAUUAAAAUUAAUGAGAGAUAAAAAUAAAAAUAAAACGUGAUCUGGAUGAAACUCAUGGCAUUGAUAAGGAUAAUAAAAACAAGGCUGAUAAUGGUUUUAUAUUAAAUAUAUUAACCAUAUAAAAAUAUAAUAUGAUAAUAAAUGAUUGAUGAUUUAUGAUAAAGGAUUUUAAAAUGUAAGAGUAUACGAUAAUUAAGCGAACGGAAAUAAUAUACGAGAAAGAGAAUAUGCCGUUUAACAAAAGUGAGAUCAAGAGAUUGAAAAAUGUUAUAUUUUUGUAGAUUUGUUAUUGCAUAGUUAAUUAUAUGCAUUGUGACAAUGAUAAUUCUUUAUACGACAAAUAACAAUUUAAUAAAAUGUCGUUAUAUAACAAAUGUUGGGAGGUUGAAAAAUAAUUUUUAUUUUUUUGGAGAUUUAACGAUAAUGUGCGUUGGAAUUUUGAAUAUGUCAACUUAAUUAAGGGCAUUCUCAGACAGUGUCUCCCACUUUUUAAAAAUUUUCAUUGACUUUGAACUGUCAUAACCGUAUUAGAAUUUUAUUAAUUAAUUGAAAUGAAAAAUUAAAGGAUUAAUUUAAAAAAGGACACGUUAUAAUUUCGCGGGGAUAUAAAUUUUUUAAAAAAUUACGUAGUUAUUAAUUAGGAGUUAAACGAAAUUCGGUGAAUAAAUUUCAGCCUACAGAAUUAUGAUCCUGAAGUUAGGAGACAAUUAACAAUUUUUGAAAUUUUUGUCAACUGAUCAAUCACAAGAAAAAUAAAACUAAAAAAAUACGCAUGUAGAAACUCAAAAAAGAUAUCGGUGCAAUUUUUUUAAAUAUUUUUGUUUUUUAUAAUUGAUUUGAAAAAAAUCUAAAAAUUAUUAGACGUCGACUAACUUCAGUAUCAUAAUUACGUUUGACUCCUGAUUAAUAACGACUGUAAGUAAUUUUUUUAAAAAUCUAUCUCAGCAAAGGCAACCGCGUUCCCUUUUUUAAUUAAUUAAUCAAAUUUUAAUACGAUUGUGACAGUUCGUCAUUGAAUUUUUUUAAAAAAGUGGCGGGAAUUCUCUGAGAAUUUCAUUUAAAUUAUAAAUAAAACAAUAAGUGUUUAUUUAAUAACUCGUUAUUAUCAGACGUAUUAAUAAAACGCAUGUGUGCCUCCAAAAUAAUAAUUAAUUAAUCCGUUUUAAAAUCUUGAUAAUAAUAAUAAAAAAAUAAAUCACACAUGGAUUGUGCUUUUUCAAAAUGACUAAUUAAUUCAAGUCUUAUCAUAAAGCAUUAACAUAAUAAACCUUCUGUAAUUUGAUGAUAAACUUAAAACCAAUAUUGACAUUUCUCUACAAAUUAUAUUCAAAUUUUAAAAACAUAAUAAUUAUGAUUACAAAUGUCGAGUAUUAUGAGAACGGGUUUGAAAAAAAUUGUGACUAAAAUGUACAAUAUUCCGCGCUGUACAUGUUUCAUUUAAAAGCCGCGAAGAUAUUUAACAAAAACAAUAAAUAAACAUUGACAUGCAACACAAAAAACAUUUGCCAUUUGUUAAUUAAUGACCAAUUACGUUGAUUAUAAUUAAAUGGUACGAUUGUGAAUGUACCAGACAUCAGACACAUUUCAAAUUAUAAAUAAAUAGAGUAAAUAAUUUAAAAUAAAAUUUUUAAAAAAUGCGCAUUUAAAAAAUUAAAAAAUUAAUAAGUGCAUUUUUUUGAAAUAUUUUUUUUUAAUCAUUUACUCUACUUAUUAAUAAUUUUAAAUUUGUCUGACGUCUGAUACAUUCACACUCAUUCAAAUGGUCUCAUGGCAUUUAGAAGUUACUCAAAAAUAUAACAAGACAAAGAGUUACAAUGAUGAUAAAAAAAACGUUGAUACACUUGAUAAAUAUUACUGCUGCUGAAUGUACAUGACACUUCAAUAGCAAUUUAAAAAAUAAUGAAAUUGGUUCGACUCUAAGUAAAGUGACGAGCGAAUGAAAAGGCGAUGCAGAAAAGUAUGAUGGAAAAUUUGAUAAUACAAAACAUUAUACAAUAUUUAAUAUAAAAUGAAGCAAAACAUAAAUGCGUAAAAAACGGGUGUCAAUGCACUUGAUUUAUUUGUUAUAUUCGUAGGAUUUUGGGACCCACAAAAAAAUAAAAACUUAUUCUGUAUUAAAUUAUACUGUAACACAUUUAAAACAUAAUCUAUCGUAUAUUGUAAUUUAAAUAUCUGUAAACUCCAUUUGAAAAGGAAAAAAAAGAAAAAGAAAAAAAAAGUAUAUAUAUAUUAUGCGCCGAGUUGAUAAAAAAAAGUAAAUAAUUAAAAAAAUAAUAAAAAACAAUGAAAAAAAUAUAAAAAAAUAAAUGCAUAAAAAUAUUUAAAAUACGAUACUGAGAAAUAUGAAUUUUAAAAAUGCUUUUGAGCAGUAGUUUGUAUCGUAUGUCUCUUAUUAUUCACAAAAAUAUAGAAAAAAAAAAUAUUAACAAUUAACUAUAUUAUUAUUAUUAUUAUUAUUAUUAUAUUUUGUUUCGAUUGUUUAUUAAAAAUGAUAAGUUUGUUAAAUUUAUUUUAAUUGUAUAAUUAUUAAUUACUAAUUUUUUAAAAAAUUCAAAUAAUACAUCAAGUAUUUUUCAUUUUUUUUUUAUUUCGUAAAUCGCGCGACGAUUUGAAAAAAAAUAUUAAGAUUCUAAGUUUAAUUAAUUUAUGUUUUGUAUCAAUUACUUAUAAAUGUUAUUUUGAAUUAAUUAACAAUUAAUUACAUAUAUUUUCUUUGAAUACUUUAUUUUGUUGUAAUAAUUAAUGCUUAUUAAAAAUAUUCGUUGUAAGACAUAAUGUUAGAAAUUUCACAACGUAUAACUGUAGCAAUUAUUUGAAUUGAUAAUUAAAAAUAAAAAUUUCAACCACUAUAUUGAUGUAGAUGGAAGCGCACGUGGGUCCCAUAUAAUGUCCCCAUGAAAAAUAGUACGUAAAAUAACCAAAAAUCCAAAAAAAAAUUAAUAGUAAACGUAAAAAUAAAAAAAAAUAUUAUUACCAAUGUCUUAAAUUUUACCCAUAUCGAAAAAAUAUGAAUUUGAUAAUUAACUGAUGUAAAAUCUGAUAAAUAUAUUUUGUGUUUUUAUCUAAUUACUGUUUGCAUAUAUUUGUUUUAAUUAAUUAAAUAAUUGAUUAAUAAUUAAAUUAAUUAUCAUUUAUAAUUUAUGACGUAUAAUAUCUGCGAUGGAAUGAGUGUACUGUAAAAGAGUGUUAUGAAAAAUGAUCAUAUUAAUUAACAGGUUUUUUAAAAAUAUAUUACUGAUAAUUAAUAAAUUAAAUAUUUCAACGUUAAAUUUAUAUCGCGAAUGAGAAUCUGAAGAAUAAAAAAAAUUCUCAUGGCGAUUUUUGUAACACUUCGUCGGUUCUCCCACAAAAAAUAUAUGUACACAUCAUGAUAAUAAAACAAUAAUUAUUAUUA